AUGAACCGAGCAAGAGGUGGUGGACAGUACAGUCGAUUGUCACGAUCUCUAGAAUUCAAGAUUUCGAGGCAUCUGACCGAUUAUAAAAAUGCCGGCAACACCGAUUGGAGCCUAUUUGCGCUUUAUGAUUACGUGCAACGAGUCGAUGUGUCCUUAAGGAGAGUCAAGAAACGUCAAAUUGAAAUGGUUAUUGAAAAAGUUUUACCCAAUUUUGAAACCAUGGCCGAAGAGCAGCCUGAUUCAACUACGGUUUCUACGGAUGAGGAAGGCGAAUACGCUUUGGUGAGUGGAAGAAAUGCUGCGUGGCUUUCACGAUAUCUACCUGCGAGUAUAAUGCAAGACGCUAAUCCAACUCCAAAGCCCGCCCAAGAUAACAAUGCCAUGAAUAAAUCAGUAACGGGUUUAUGGAACCUGCAAAAAGCCUCCGCAGAAUCUCCUUCCAGCGUUGUAGCCACCCCAGGCACAUCGGCGGCUAAUACACCAGUGACGGAAGAUAUGCCAGCAUUGCCCACCGAAGACAAGCCAGACGAGAAAUCGGAAGAGAAGCCCGAAACCAGAACAAAGAAACGUUCCAAAGCCAGAGAUGGAGCAUCCUCCACCAAGCGUGCCAAAACCGAAGGACGAGACGCGCCGUUCAUACCCAGUGCUAGAUUGUCGGACCUGGGUGGCAUUGAUCAUUGUGUGGAGGAAAUUAUGGAACUCAUUGCUAUGCCACUUGCGCAUCCCGAAGUGUACAUUCACACCGGUGUGCAACCGCCCAGAGGUGUGCUUCUUCACGGUCCUCCCGGCUGCGGUAAAACAAAAUUAGCUCACGCCAUUGCAGGUGAACUCAAUAUACCAUUCAUCAAUAUUUCCGCACCGUCGAUCGUCUCAGGCAUGUCUGGCGAAUCAGAAAAGAAGAUUCGCGAUGUAUUCGAGGAAGCUAGGUCCAACGCCCCUUGCUUGUUGUUCAUUGAUGAAAUUGACGCCAUUACCCCGAAACGUGAAACUGCGCAAAGAGAAAUGGAACGUCGUAUUGUCGCUCAGUUGCUGACUUGCAUGGAUGAUUUAUCGUGGGAUAAAACCGAUAAUAAGCCUGUAAUGAUUAUUGGUGCCACCAAUCGUCCCGAUUCGCUUGAUCCCGCUUUGCGACGAGCUGGACGUUUCGAUCGAGAAAUCAGCAUGGGUGUCCCCGAUGACAAGGCCCGCGAAAAGAUCUUGACGGUAUUGGCCGCCAAAUUGAGAUUGGAAGGUACAUUUGAUUUUGGCGGGCUCGCCAAAGCCACGCCAGGUUACGUGGGUGCCGAUCUUCAGGCACUGAUUACCACGGCGGGUGUGAUUGCUGUCAAACGCAUCUUCAAGCAUUUACGCACAGCCAUCGAAGCACCUCCGCCACCCGCACCCGUUGUGAACGAAAACUCAAUGGACGUGGACGAGACCAAAGUCGAUGGUAUGGACGCAUCACCGAUCCAGACGACCAGUGUGGAAGAAUUUGAGAAUCAAUCGGCGCUGGAACAGUUGAGAUCGAUUUCCGAUUUCAUUCAGGCCCACAAGGAACCGCUUUCACCAGCGCAACUGGAAUCCUUGGCUAUCACACAGGAAGAUUUCCAGCAUGCCUUGAAAAAGGUGCAACCGUCCUCCAAACGUGAAGGUUUUGCCACUGUUCCCGAUGUGACCUGGGAGGAUAUUGGUGCCUUGUCAUUUGUGCGCGACGAGUUACGUAUGGCCGUCGUUGAACCUAUCAACCAUCCUGAAUUCUUUGAACGCGUGGGUAUUUCAUCUCCUGCAGGCGUACUCCUGUGGGGUCCUCCAGGUUGCGGUAAAACACUGCUCGCCAAAGCAGUGGCCAACGAGAGCAACACCAAUUUCAUUUCUGUCAAAGGCCCAGAACUGCUUAACAAGUACGUGGGUGAAAGUGAACGUGGCGUGCGUCAGGUAUUUGCCAGAGCACGAGCUUCUGCUCCUUGUGUCAUCUUUUUCGAUGAAUUGGACGCCCUGUGUUCCAGACGUGAUGAUCAACAGACCGAUUCGUCUGCACGCGUUGUCAACACGUUGCUGACAGAGUUGGAUGGUGUGGAAAACCGUGCCCAAGUGUAUGUCAUUGCAGCUACCAAUCGACCUGAUAUGAUUGAUCCUGCCAUGUUACGUCCUGGACGUCUCGACAAACUGCUUUAUGUGGAACUUCCUACUCCUGGUGAACGCUUGGAUAUCCUUACCAAACUGACAAAGAACACCCCGUUGGCGGCCGAUAUUUCAUUGGAAGAGGUGGCGAAUGAUUCUCGUUGUGAGGGCUUCAGUGGUGCCGAUUUGGCCUCGUUGGUGAGAGAAAGUGCAGUUUCAGCGUUACGAAAUACGUUCUAUCGCGGCGGAAUUGCGGCGACCGGUGUGGACGCGAGUGUCAAGGAAGUCUAUGUGAAAAAGGAAAAUUUUGAUACUGCGUUUUCGAAAGUAUCCCCUAGUGUAUUGCCUCAGGAUAAAUUGGCCUAUGAUCGAUUGCGUAAAAAGUUUGGAUAA